UCAUCUCGUCGUACGAAGUUACGAACUCUGUGUUUGGACGGCAGCGAACUUGCUAGAGAGAGUGAGCGACAGUGACGAUCUGCGAAAAGUGACCGAAUCGACGGAAUAACGGUCGUGAAAGAGUUCCGGCCAGUUGGACGAUUAGCACAAGGGCUGCCAGUCAGCCUGCAGCCGGGUGGACGGACAAAGGCGAGGUGUGAAUGGAUCCAACCAUCGGCUGGUACCAACCUGAGCAAGAGGGGCCCGCCAAGGUGCUGUGGAGCCGCAUUUGGGACGACGCGAGCAAAAGACUGAACAACCUGAAUCUCAACAACAUUAUGGAGUCGCGCGACUUCAUCCCCCUGGAUUUGCGCGACGACGUCAACGUUCAUCAGCAGCAGCUAGGCGGCGGACGCACCAACAACCACCUUUACAGCCGCACCCGCAGGAAAGGCAAUGAGAACCGGGCCGCCACUAUCGGCAUGAACUCCAACCCCCGAGAAUUGAUCGGCAACUACGGCGGUUGUCCGUGGCGGGCGUUGCGUCAGGACCAGUACAGCCGGGGCGUUCUAGGACUGCACGAGGAGGUUAAAGACUUCUAUACGUACAUGUCUCCAACCAAGGAGGAGCAGAAGAUGCGCGAAACUGUGGUGGAGCAAAUCAAAAAGGUGAUCCUCGGCCUGUACCCGAAGGCGAACGUCGAGGUGUUUGGCAGUUUUCGCACCGGCCUCUAUUUACCAACCAGUGAUAUAGAUCUAGUGGUCAUGGGCGACUGGGACGAACUCCCCUUGCACGAGCUGAAAGAUGCGCUGAUCAAGAGCAAUGUCUCAGAUGAGUGCGACAUCAAAGUUCUUGACAAAGCAUCUGUUCCCAUUGUGAAACUUACAGAAAAGAAGUCGGAAGUAAAGGUGGACAUCAGCUUCAACAUGCAAAACGGGGUGAGAUCUGCUAACCUGAUCACUGACUUCAAAGAGAAAUUUCCCGUACUGGCUCCACUAGUUAUGGUUUUGAAGCAUUUCCUCCUGGAGCGAGAUCUUAAUGAAGUUUUCACUGGUGGCAUUAGUUCCUACAGCUUAAUUCUUCUCACCAUCAGUUUUCUUCAGCUCCAUGAACGUGACAUGACCAUAGAGAGAGACUAUAAUCUUGGAGUUCUACUUAUUGAAUUCUUUGAACUGUAUGGACGCAGAUUCAAUUAUCUGAAAACAGGCAUUCGAAUCAAAGGAGAAGGUUGCUACAUUUCUAAGGAAGAGAUACAACGUGACAUGGUUGACGGAUACAGACCGUCUAUGCUGUGCAUUGAAGACCCCCUGACCCCUGGCAAUGACAUUGGACGCAGCUCAUAUGGGGCCCUCAAAGUGAAACAGGCAUUUGAAUUUGCGUACACAACCCUUCUGCUCGCCCUGUCCAAGACGUGUCCCGAAUUUGUAAGCCAGCACAGCUUACUGGGAAGAAUCGUGAGGAUUACUGACGACGUCAUUGAAUACAGACAACAAAUAAAGGCUAGAUACGCGGUCAAGAUCCAGACCGUACCUGUGGUCAUCGAGCUGAAGCACGAGUUGAACCCUUUAUACAGACACCAGAACCAACUGAAGCGUGUCUCUCAGGAUUCGGAGGAGUCCUCUUCAGGCUCACUCUAUUGCACAAGUGAGGGCAGCUCAGCGACUGGGUCAGCAGCCUCAGGGGAUUCCGAUUCGGAAACAAAUAAUAUGUCAUCCAAAAAUGGCCUCAAACAAAACUUUGCAUCCACCAUGAACUCGAAGAGAACAAACACUACCCCUCCACAGCGGAGGCCUCAUGGGAUGGCAAUAAAUCGAUGCGGUGGAAACCGGCCGCAGUUCCGAAUGAGGGAAGAGAAGGAAGUAGGCUGUGUGGAAGUGAAAAACCUGCAGCCGCUGGUUACGCUGUGCCCCAAAGAAAACAAGCCUGAGAAGAAGCAGCCCAUGUCGCAGUCUUCGUCGUCGUCUUCGGCUAACUCGAGUGGAAGUGAACAGAGGCAAAAGAACCAGUAUCCCCCCAUUACAAGAAACCCUUCCUUCAAUCAUGGCAAUAUCCGCAACAACAACUUCAAGAGCAAACGAAAAAAGCAUAACAAUGGGCAGAGGCGGUCUGACUCUCCCCCUCCUUAAAAGACUUUCAAACUUCUACUUUCUAAGUCGAAAAGAGAUAACUUUUAGGUUGUGACUCUAUGAAGUAAGUGAUUAUAACACUGUUUUAUGUGUGUUUUCUAAAGAGAAUGUUUCAACAUUUGCAUUGCAUCUCUUCAAGAAUAUAAAGAUAUCUUUACUUUGGAUAAUUUCUUGAGUUUUAUCUUUAAAUGUGUAAACAUUUUUGCCUUUUUCAUUGUAAUAAUAAAACACUGUUGUCAAUAAAAGAAGUUGACGGAGAAAACGAACCGUUUUGGCGAGGAUGUUAUUUUUAAAGAGUCCUGCGUCAGAAUCCAAUCUGCUUUUCUGCUAGUUUUCCUGUACAUGAUGAUAAUAAUAAUAAUUGCUGUGCAAUGUCUUUGUUUUGUGUUAAUUAUAAUUAAUGAUUAUCUCUGUAAAUUAUGCAAUAAUGUGCCUAAGUUUUAUGUACAAACUUUGGUCAAUGAACCAGUUAAAUAUUCCAGUGUUCUUGCGUCUUUUUCAAUGAGGACACUUAACUUAUUUUUGUAGCAGAAUGUUCAAUAAAGUAGCUAUUGACAACA